AUGGAAGGCGAUAGAGGAGCAGAAGCCGGCGAUGUCCAGCAAGGCAAGGACGUCGCGACGGCCGGCGGCGGAACACACGACCAUGGCAGACCUGAAUCUGUAGGCCCUCGCCAUGCUCUGAUAGCCAGGGUCCGUCCUCAUCCGCCCUCAAAUGUCAAUCGGUGUCGGCGGAGCGGCGUCGGAGCCAAAAUUUCUAGGUACCUAGAGCUGGUAGACAGAGCAGGGGUUGGUGGUGAAGCCGGUGUCGAGCACGUAGGCACUGUACCCUGCGGUGGAGCGGCUCGUGCGGCUGGGCAGCACGGCCGGACGACAGGUGCUGGGCAAAUCGGUGCAUCGGCAGGUGCCGGGCAAGCUGGUCUUGGGGCUGACCAGGACGCCGUGGAGAAGACAAGCAAUUCUACUACUCCGUGA